GCGGUCGGCGGGCGCGGCGAGGCGGCUCGCUGCAGCGUCCCCCGCGGGCACCGGCCGCGCCGCUCCGCUCCGCUCCCCCUGCGCGGAUCUUCCCCUCAGAAACAAUUUUUUUCUUCUUUUUUUUUUGUCUUUCUUCGCCCCCCUCCAAGUCCCGCCGCUUCCGGUCAGUCUCCAGGUGACUCGGGCUCCUCUUCCGGUCGCGUUUCCAGGCAGCGGCAGCGGCGGCGCCGGCUGCGGGGGGGGAGGGGGCGAUGCUGGCGGCGGCAGCACCCGGGGCCGGCGGCCCGGAGCAGCGCGGCGGCGGCCGCUUCAGCGUCCUCACGUGGGAGCAGGUGCAGAGGCUGGACCAGAUCCUGGGCGAGGCGGUGCCCAUCCACGGCCGCGGCAACUUCCCCACGCUGGCGGUGCGGCCGCGCCGGAUCGUGCAGGUUGUCCGUAGCCGUCUGGAGAAGAAAGGAAUUGCAGUCCAUAAUGUAAGGCUGAAUGGCUCAGCAGCUAGCCAUGUUCUCCAUCAAGACAGUGGCUUGGGGUACAAAGACCUAGAUCUCAUCUUUGGUGUAGAUCUGAAGACUGAAGAUGUCUUCCAGCUUGUUAAAGAUGUGGUCAUGGAUUGCCUUCUUGACUUCCUCCCGGAAGGUGUCAACAAAGACAAGAUCACCCCUAUGACUCUAAAAGAGGCCUAUGUGCAGAAGCUGGUGAAAGUUUGCAAUGAAACCGAUCGCUGGAGCCUUAUAUCGCUAUCCAACAACAGCGGGAAGAAUGUGGAACUCAAAUUCGUGGACUCUCUCAGACGGCAGUUUGAGUUCAGUGUGGAUUCCUUUCAGAUCAUCCUGGAUUCGCUCUUGCUGUUUGGGGAGUGUUCAGAGAACCCCAUGGCAGAGAACUUCCACCCCACAGUCACUGGGGAAAGCAUGUAUGGGGACUUUGAGGAGGCAAUGGACCAUCUCCGGAACAGGGUCAUCGCCACAAGGAACCCUGAGGAGAUCAGAGGUGGGGGGCUUCUAAAAUACUGCAAUCUCUUGGUGAGGGGGUUUAAGCCCAAAUCAGAAGUGGAUAUGAAGGCGCUACAGAGAUAUAUGUGCUCCAGGUUUUUCAUAGACUUCUCUGACAUCGGUGAGCAGCAGAGAAAGCUAGAGUGCUACCUUCAGAGCCACUUUGUUGGGAUGGAGAGCAAAAGAUAUGACUAUCUGAUGACCCUUCACAGGGUGGUCAAUGAGAGUACAGUCUGCCUGAUGGGACAUGAAAGGAGGCAGACUCUGAACCUCAUUGCCAUGCUGGCUGUGAGAGUCCUGGCUGAGCAGAACAUCAUCCCCACAGUCACAAAUGUUACCUGCUUCUAUCAGCCAGCUCCCUAUGUCAGCGAAAUAAACUUCAACUACUAUGUCACCCACGUGCAGCCCUUCCUGCCUUGCAAUCAGUCCUACCCGACGUGGCUUCCCUGUAACUGAGCCAGGACAAACUUCAGGGUCUGUCCUCCAAGGUAUUUUCUUGCCUUGGGGAGUAGGGGGGGAGGGGACCUUCCCAGAACUGCAACAAAAGGAAACUUCCUGGACUCUUGCUCCAGUGUCUUGUUCCUAGGAUUUUUUGGAACGAGGCCUGUCUGCUGUACACUGUGAUUGGAUGUGCAGUGUUAUGGAAACUAGAUUACUUGGACGUUUACAGGAAGACUUGAUCGCUUAUUGAAUUCUGUAGACAAUGGGGGAGGGUGGGUGUGUGUGAGGGGAGAUUGUAGAAUUACAGUAAGGUAGAGCUGCACUGCCCUGAAAUGGAUCUGAUUUUUUUUCUUAGUGCAGGAGGUGUUAUGUGUGUGCAGACUUGUGGUUUCUGAAGAUAGAAGCCAGAGUGGCUAAUUCCUUUGAAGGACCAAAGAAUCCUGUUUAAGUGCCUGUAACAAUAUAAACACAACUGUACUGUAAACCUUUUUUUUGCAGGGGUUGACAUCCCAAGAGCUUGAGUGGGGAUGUCUUGAGGAAAAUAUUUCUGUUGAACAGGGGGGAGGGUCAUAAGAUCAUUUCUAGUAACCUUGCUGAAGCAAGAAUGGGACUGCAGGUUACAUGUUGCUGAGGUUUCUGGUAUGGCUUGCUGCCUGUGAAGGACCAGCUGUAGCAAAUAGCUGUCAAAGCUGAGUUGCAUAAGCAGGGGUGGGCUUUGAAUGACUACAUGCAAAUGCCUAAAACUGGGGACACCUGGGGGGGAGGGGAGUGCAUGGUGGAGAAUGCUGUGCAGAGCUUUCUGGAGAAAAGGCAGCAGGGACCUACACAUGAAUUUAUUAAAGCUCCCAAGUCUGCAGUGCCAAAGUGUAAUGAUGUACAUAAAUGAUAAGGCAGAAGAUUUGUCCAGGAGCCUGCUGUAGGCUACUGUACAUAACUGUAUAUUUUCUAGGGGAAUUUGAAAUGCUGCUUUUUUUGGCAUGCAGUGUGGUUUUAAUGCACAAAGCCAGAGGCCAGCUGGGUUGUCUGGGAAGAUGAGGCUUGCCCUUGAAGCACAAACCAGCUAGUUAACUAGUCAGUUGUCUCCAGCAGUUGCUGAGAUGGAGGCUGGAGCCUGUAUUCUUGAAAGUGAGAUUUGCAGAACUUUUCCAGAUUCCAGCCUCCUGUGGCCUGAAAUCUUCCCUCUUCCCUUGAGCAGGUCCUGUCUUCAAAAGCAGCCCAUUUUCAGCUAUGUGAUUCCACAUGUGCACAACAGAUAGCAUUUUAAAUUCAUUCUCUCGUUAGAAAAGGAACCUGUGGGGGGUUGUGCAAAAGUCAGUUGGCCUUAGGAAAAAAGUAUGUCCUCUCCAAACAAACUCUCUUGUGUGUUGAGGGUUUGGUUAUCUUAGUCAAACAUGACUUUGAAGUUGUUGGGUGUCUAGAGCACAAACAGUCCUUCACUGAGAUGCCUGGUCUGCAAAGCCCAUUCUCAUGGAACAUCAUCUCAGAUUUAACUAUGCAUGGAUGGAGAGGUGGGAAAGCAAACAGGCACUUCCUAGAUAUGCUGCUCUGGGAACACUAUGACUUCAUGGUGCUUCCUCCAAGGCUAACAUACUUGAGUAUCUUUACUAACUUGUUUUUGUUUUUGUGACAAAACUGUAAUAGCUGGGCAGACUGAACACUCUAAUAAAGACUAGCUACUUGGAAUGUGUAUAGCCAGAAUGGUACCUUUUUUGGGGUAGGGGUGAUGUGGAGUGGGCGUAAGGGGUGUGGGGGGGAAGGAUCUGGGGGCUUUUGCACAUAAGGUAAACUAAUUUUAAUUUGGUCCGGCUUUGCUUCCAAUGCAGUAAGAGCUGAAGAGGAAGUGUCACUAAUGCUGUAGUUAUGAGUUUAACAGUGACUUCCUGCAGAACGGCUUUGCCUUCAUGGACCAGGCUUGCAUGUGGACUCCACGGCAGUCCAGUAACAACUUGGUGCCCAGAGCCUGAACCCUGUGAUGGGAGUUUGAGACUUUUCAGUGCAAGGUAAACUGGUUUAAGGGCUGCUUUUGAGAUCCUAAGUAUGCCACCUUCACGGCUUCAAGAGAAAUUUUUUUUUUCUUGCAUUUUAAACUUCAGAUCUACAUAGAUGCCAUGUAGCAUGCUUUUUUACAGGUUGCUUACUCUGUACCCACAAACAUAUAGAUGCACUAAGCUGAGAUUCCCUCCCUCCUGUUUAAGAUGCAAAGAUUCCCUGCAGCCAAUAGCUUGAUAGGGCAAUCUGAGAUUGCACUUUUGAUUUAUGGAGUGUGUGUGGUGGGACUCUUGUGAAUGGGUUGAAUCUGAAUUUUCUAGAGCUCGCAGUUAUACUGUGCUGCCUCCUGUGAGGGGGAAAGUGGAAGAUUCCAGUGGCUUGAAUGGCACUUGAUUGUUUUAAAUGUUUUUUCCUACACCUGUAUCACUUGUCAUGCAAUGGGCUUGACAUAGACUCACUAGAUUCUUUAGAAUCUGUUACAAAUAAAUACAGUGUAUUCAAAAUUGUUGGAUUUUUAUUUACUUGUCCAUCAGGGUAGUGUGGUGUUAAGAUUUCUACCCCUACUCCCAGGAAAAGAACAAGCUCUAAAUCAACUGGUUGCCUUGAGAAAAGAACAGGCUGUUCUGCACAGGCUUGCUGGACUCCUGGUUCUUGAUCUGUCCAAAUACUACUUGUACUUCAGACUGCUCAGUCCCUAAAACUGAAGCAGCUAUAAAGCCUUGCAUUGCCUAGCUGUUGGCAGGUUACUCCUAGGGCUGAGAGAGGCUUCUAUUUAUAACACUGUUCUUUAGUGUUGGGCAUGUUCCCUUUUUCUAGUGGCUUGUCAAGUUGCUGGUGGGGGAGGGAGUCUUACUGUGACUGCCUGAUCAGUGAUGGUUAUCUGAGGUCCCCUUCUGCUGGAGACUGCACUGGGAGUCUCCCACUGCUGCUACUGGCUUUCCACAACUUUAUUCUCUUCUGCUGAUGGUUGUGAACAGCAAAAAGGCUCAAGUAACUCAGUCUUACUUUGUAAGCCCACCUGCAAAGUGAUCCUUCCUGGAAGGGGAGAGUGAGAAGCUCUAAAAGGACUAAUUUUCCAGGUCGACUGAUGUUCAGGCCAGAUUGCUGCAUGAUGGCUGAAUGGUAGCUGCCUGUAGCUGGGUGCAAGCUCCUCUGAAAGCACUGGCUGCCCUCCAGCCUAAGAUGAAGUUUCACUUCCCCUUGUUAAGCUACAGGCAGUUCUGGUUCUACUGUUCCACUGCAACAAUCAGACUUGACAACAUGCCAGUCACUGUUUGGGAUGAACUUGCUGGCUCUGCUUCUCCAAAUUCCUACAGUUCAGGGGCCAAGCUUCCCUCUGACAACAGUCUGGGAUUGUUCUUGCUGGGCUGGCACCGGGGAUACUCAUGUAAGAAUGUGUCCCUAUUGUCUGCCUAAGUAGGACUUAGCUCCUGCAGAGCUGAUUUCUGUUUGAACUGGGCUGGCUUUCCCUCUAGACCUGUUGACAGGGAGAUGGGAUGUCUGCCUGCUGUUCACUUGCUGGUGUGCAACCCUUAAGGCACCUGCCUUCCCCGAAUGCAUCGUACAUGUGGCAGUGGCUCUAAAACACCUGCUUGGUCGGUAUGCUGCCUUCUCACUGCUGGGAGUACGUCCUGCAGAGUGACUGUUAAUGCCCUGGUGAAUAAGCUGCCUCUGAAUUUGUGACUCUGAGCAGAGCAGCAAAAUCCCUGACAGAGUUAGCUUGUCAUUGUUGGAGCGGAUCAGACUAUACAAAAGGAUGUUAGUGGAAAGCACUAGUUGUGAUCAGAAAGGAGCUAUCAAUGUUUACAACUGAGAUUUGGAUCCCUCUUUUGUUAAUUGUCAAAUAAAAACAUAUAUUUUCUCA